AAUUGGCUUGCACUGAAACGAUAAUGGCAUCACUAGAACUAGAGAAGAGCUACCCUGAUUAGUCUUUUCGAUUGCUGGAUCUUGGUAUAUCUCGGUGUGUUCUAUGGCUGCUCCAAAUUUAUCAAUUUCAAUGGAAGACUUCAAGCUGUUUCAUUCGAUCGAUCGCGAGCUUUAUACAGUGCUUGUGAUGAAUCUGUGGAGAGACCCAAUGGAAUCCAUGCAAGUAAUGGCUUUAUGGCUGUGGUUAGAGAGGGUGGGUUACAGCCACCUUGUAAAGAAAAUACUUUCUUUACCUAACAUUUUGAUUAAUGACCUGGCAGAUGAGACGAUCAUAUGUCUUAGCUGCUUAACCAGUGAUCAGUUUGCUUGCCAAAGUAACGACAUCCCUCUGCUGCAAAGCUUGAUGGAAAAAGAGAUUUCUGUCAAACAUUUUCAUGAUAGUAGGGUUGAUGCAACUCAAGGAGUAGUGAAGAUUACUAACGAGGUAUGCGUUAGAGCAUGUGAUGAUAUAAUGCAGCGAGCCAUUGAAAGAAAUAAUAAGCAUAACUUACCAGAUAACCAAAAAGGGAUCUUACCCACCAUUCCUCAAUCUGAACUACUCGAUCAAAUUAAGUUUACUCCUAAAGAUCAUAAAAUUCUGCCUUAUACUCAAAAAAGUAGCGGCGUUCCACCUAAGGAUAGGAAAAACUUACAAGAUAAGCAAAAAGGGAUCCUACCUACCAUUACUCAACCUAAGUUACUAAAUAAAAUUGAGUUUACUCCUCAAGCUCAUAAAAAACGGACUUAUACCCAAAAAAAUAUUGGUGGUCCUCCUGAGGAUAGGACCUUGUUUGUUACUUUCUCUAGGGGAUAUCCUGUGCAUGAAUGGGAAGUGAGGGAAUUCUUGGCUAGGUCUUAUGGCGAUUGCAUCGAGUCCCUGCACAUGCAGGGAGGUAUGGGGUUGCAUAAGCAAGCUUUGUUUGCUAGGAUUGUCUUUCACUCAGCAAAAACUAUUCAGGCGAUUCUUAAUGGGAUGGACAAGGCAAAAUUCAAUAUCAAUGGAAAGCAUGUCUGGGCUAGAAAAUUCGUCCCCAAACCCCAAAAACCGUCACUUCCAUCAGUUUCGUUGUUGCCAAACAAUCUCUUGUCCCUGUAUAUUAAUCAGGCAAUGUCGGGUUAGAAGGAGCUCCAAUUUUAGGGAUGAUGUUUAAGCUUUUACCCUGGUUAAAGCUUUCGAUAGAAUAAACAAAGAAUUGGAGUUCAAUUGCAUGUAGUAUAUGUAAUAUGUUUUAUUGUUGUUUGCAAUCAGUCUGUCUAUCUAUGUUGUGCACUUGAAAUAAAAUCAAGUAAGUUUAUGCCUAAAUGUGUCUUUUCAUCCUUUCUUCUGUCCUAAUAUGUGACUAAAUCUUUAGUCUAAUGAUUAAGAUUUAAGUUUUUACCUUAUGUAACAUAUGAGGUAAAGAAGUAUUCUUUCCCUUUCAAUAGAUCCUAACAAAUUGUGAAAUAAGAAUAUAAUCAAAAAAGAUUACUAUGUAUAUAUGUAAUCAGUAUCACUAACAGAAUGCCACCAAAGCGGCCUGCUGAAACGGUUACUGGGCUACUUUGACAAUUGUCCAGAAUAAAGGCCCGUUUACAGGUAAUUCUACUGGGGAGGACACAACAGUAAUUAAAUGAAAUUCUCAAGGGCAUAUUAGACAGAUUAGUUACACCCCCAACAAAGUCCCAUUCCAAAACCAGAGCUCCCUCUCUUUCUCUUCACCAACUUGCUUACACUGUAUUAGUAAACACCAAAUUCACAUAUGGUUUCUAUAUUAUAACUGCACUGGAUAUACCCAAUUAAUAAAG